GUUUCAUGGCAGGAGACGGGAAUGCUAGGGAGAAACACGAACUUUCGUGACCAGGCUUGCUGUUUGGCAGGCUAUUCUGCUUGCAAGUGUUGCAGGGACCGAAUAGCAUUGGACCCAUAGGAGGUUUGGAAUAUGGCUUUCAAGGCGUCCAACACUACAACGACAGCGCAAUACAUUCUGGUCUCAGUUAUAUUUUCUCCCCUCACGUAUCCAUGCAUCGUCAGCUUUCUACUACGCAAGGAUUCUCCUCGUAAUAAGCUAUCGACCAUCAACAAAGAUACCUGUCAAAUCACUGCACUAUCUAGGACCCAAAGUACUCGAUCAAUAUCAUCACUUUCGCCAAGACCCACCUUCUUCAAGCACCAUGGCUUAUAGCACUUCCUCAACCACAGCCAUUGAUGGUUCUGCAGACGAAUUCGCACCCUCCCCAACCACUGCACCACCACCACGAACACAAGCCCAAAUCGCCGCAGAGGCAGCACUAUCUCGUCAACGCACCUCUAUAUUCAUAGCAGAUACUUCCUUGCCUGUUGUCACGCCCCGAACAUAUUACCAGAGCUCGACAGUUGUUCGAACCCAAGCAGCCGCAGCCCAGAUUCAAGCCUUCGAUGCAGCCUUUAACAAAGUCAAUAACGACAACAGCGAUAGUGGCAAUGUGAAUACUGGAAAGAAAUAAGCAAGUGUGGAGGAGUAAUAACCAUUGAGAUAUUCAUAAGUGAGGGAGGAAUAGAAAAUGAAUGGAAUGACGAACAACAUGUCUACUCUUAUGCCAUG